AUGUUUCGGACCUUUGCAAACAUACGGUUGGACGAAGUCAUCACCGAACAGUCGCUCGUGUCCGUCCUCACCAACGCCAACGCAGAACUGAAUCCACGGUUUGUCGAUUCGGCGCUCUACAUGGGAGACAGCCUGUCGCCGGUAAACGGGGGGUUGUGCGACGGCAGGGCCAACGCUUGGAUGAGCGAGGACAACGACCACGGCAGGGCUAACAUCUACCUCUGCGACAUCGCAUUCGACUGGCCGUCCAUCGAGGACAUUGCAAAUCCACCACACACCGCGUGGGCGAGGGACAACCAAGGCCGGCCUCGCCCGGGCUAUUCCUGCGACAAUCUCGGCGACUUUGAUUCCGACUGGAUGAAGACCGUGGGCUCCAUCAUCCUGCACGAAUACUUCCACUGGGGGUGGCUCUACAUCCACGUCCCGGACUGGUACUACUUCAUCCGGGUGACCAGGUUGGGCUGGAGAGCGAUCGAGGACUACGCCGGCCCGAACCCCCCCGACGGAUACGGUGCAUACCGAGCCAGGCAGAUCAAGGACAUCUACGGCAGCUGGGACCAGAUUUACCCGGCGACCCUCAACAACGUCGACAACUACAUCUACUACGCCCUGUCCAAGUACUGGUCCUGGCGGUGCGACAAGCGGUUUGGGCCCGCCCCAAGUGAGCGAGACGCGCAUCAACGGGCGGCAAGCGGGUUUCGACCACCCUAUUAA